AUGGACGACUCUCCACAGUCGUCGACAGGGCGUAUCCUCACUUUAGUACAAUACUGUCAACGAGUCGCCAUCUUACACGCUGAUUCGCUCUGUGGCGUUGGAGACAAUGUUGCAUACGACUUGGUCAAACCUAUCUUGGAUCAUUGCUCCGCCGCUACUCUCAUGCGGGUAGAGGAUGCCAGUCCCAAUCUGCAUCAUGAUACUAGUGGAUUGUGGAGACAGUUAUGUGCCAAAGAUCUCUUACUUGACGCUGCAAAAUACCUCGAAGGCACUGAUGCGCCCGCACAUGGAUGGCGACGUCUUUAUGAGGAACUUCAGGUGGCCCGUGCCAAGAAACUGGAAGAAGCCGAGACCAAGCUACGAUGCUCACGUAUUGACGAAGAACUCAAACGUAAAGAACGCGAUGUUAAGCUCGCAGAAGCCCCGCCCAUGAAGCGGGCCCGCCCUUGGGGAGCACCUGUGCAACCCAAAACGCUUUUCCAAAAGACGAGGACCGAGGCCACGAAGACGCAGCGUCUGUUUACGUCACAGUCGCGCCCUCCUAUGCUUGCAGCCAAGGCAUACCGAAGCUCUUCUAGUGUGCCCUCCUCCUCUGGGAAGUCCCCGCUUGCGGCGUCACCCUCGAUAGCCAUGACAGCUUCUACAAGCAAAUCGAACCCACGCGUUGUCGUCCGCUCUGUGGCUCUGCCAGCACCCACACCGGAGCAAAACCCGCCCUCGGUGCCUGCUCUCUCACCAUCACUAGCUUCUUCGGCAACAACGCAAUGCUUGCCGGCGCCUGCAAGCAGAUCAAACUCUCGCGUGGUAGUCCGCCCAAUGUCUUUGCCGACACAACAGGCGCCAUCUUCCACGGCAUCUACGCAUUCCUUGUCUGUUCAGCCAUCCGAAAGCUCGCACGCGAAUGGUGUGAUAGAUUUGGACAAUGCUCCUUAUCCGCCUCGCCCAACUCCUGUGGCAUCACCUCGGCCCAUGCGACCCUUACCAGGUAGCAAGCGGAAUUCGGGCCCCUUGUUCAUGCCAAAGCAUCGCUCCUAUAACCAAUUGCUGGACCGCUCACAGGUAUCCCCGCCGAGAUAG